AUGCGCCUGCUGGCCAGCCCAGUCGUCGUCUGCACAUCUCGAGACCGUGACCAAUGCGUCAAUCGCGCCAUGACCAUGUCGUCUUUCACGUCGCUCACGCUUUACCCUACGCCUCUCGUCACGUUCAACAUUGCGACACCGAGCCGCACCCUCGACGCCAUCUCCUCCAGCGGCGCAUUCAACAUCCACAUCCUGGCCGGCGAUGAGCAUGGUGCGGCAGUGGCAGACCAUUUCACGAGGGGGAAUAUCGAUGGGAUCUUUGAGGGGCUGGGGCCCGUGGCCAUGCAGCGGGAAGAAGGCGACGGACCACCGCUGUUGAUCGGGGAUGGGAUCCUACGCGUGCUGAAUUGCAAGGUACUGCAAGAUGAGAAGCAAUCGGGGUUGGUUAGGGUGCGUGACCAUGUCAUCGUGGUAGGAGAGGUGAUGGAUAUGAUACCCGGGAAACAGAGCAAGGAGUUUGGGUUGGCGUACGCGGAUCGGCAGUACAGGCAGAUCGGCGACGUCAUCGCGAGGGACGAAUAA